AGAGUGGUUAGAGAGCAGUUGAAGAAAGAAAGAAAAAAAAAUAAAGAAUAUAUCAUCUUCCUCUGCCCAAUUCCUCUGUCUCUUUCACUUAUUAAAAAAAAGAUUCAAAGUAUAUUAUAUAAUCUUUUGGUAUAUUUAUUUGGCACCACAACACAAUUAAUUCCACUACCAAAUUCAUUUCCAAUAACCAUUCUCUUCAUUUUUUUUCUUUUAUUGCAAUGAAAGAACCAUCAUCAAAACCAUGGAGACCAUUCACAUCAAAUUGUUGCACAACUGAAAACCAAACAAUUCUUAGAAACUUCAGUAGGUGCAAACCAUCACGUUCAGAUUAUUCUAAGAACAUUGCACCUUUACCAUCUUUUAGAAGACUAUCUUUUUCCGAUCUUAGCCGUUCGUCUUCGACACGAAUUAAUGAAGAUCUUGCACUUUCUUUUGGUUCUGAUUUGUUUGAUUUUCAGCUGAGUGAACUUCGCGCCGUUACGCAGAAUUUUUCGAGUAAUUUCUUGCUUGGUGAAGGUGGUUUUGGAACUGUUCAUAAAGGUUAUUUUGAUGAUAAUUUUAGACAAGGUUUGAAGGCACAACCUGUUGCUGUUAAGCUUUUGGAUAUUGAAGGUUUACAAGGACAUCGUGAAUGGCUUGCAGAAGUGAUUUUUCUUGGUCAGCUAAGACAUCCCAAUUUGGUGAAGUUGAUUGGAUAUUGUUGUGAGGAUGAAGAAAGACUACUUGUCUAUGAAUUCAUGCCAAGGGGAAGCUUAGAGAAUCACUUGUUCAGAAGAUUAACAUCACUACCAUGGGCAACAAGGUUAAAAAUUGCAAUAGGUGCUGCUAAAGGCCUUUCUUUCUUGCAUGGAGCUGAGAAACCUGUCAUUUAUAGAGAUUUCAAGACUUCCAAUGUCUUACUUGAUUCAGACUUUACAGCAAAAUUAUCAGAUUUUGGACUUGCAAAAAUGGGGCCAGAGGGAUCAAAGUCACAUGUUACGACAAGAGUUAUGGGUACUUAUGGAUAUGCAGCCCCAGAAUACAUCUCAACAGGGCACUUGACUACAAAAAGUGAUGUCUACAGCUUUGGAGUAGUCCUGCUAGAACUGCUAACAGGAAGGAGAGCAACAGACAAAACAAAGCCAAAGACUGAGCAAAACCUUGUGGAUUGGUCAAAGCCUUAUUUGAGUAGCAGUAGGAGAUUGAGGUACAUUAUGGAUCCAAGGCUUUCAGGCCAAUAUUCUGUGAAGGGUUCAAAAGAGAUUGCACAUUUGGCAUUACAAUGCAUAAGUUUGCAUCCUAAAGAUAGACCAAGAAUGGCAAUGAUUGUUGAAACACUUGAAAGUUUGGAACAGUUCAAGGAUAUGGCAGUUACUAGUGGACAUUGGCCUAUAUCAUCAAAAUCUACUAGAAAUGGAGGCUCUAUUAAUAAUAAGUUGAAAACUAGAGUAAGUGCAAAUCAGAAGAAGCAGAUGGUUCCAGUUAAGAGCAUAAAAACUUGAUUAGUACCGAUUAUUAGAAGUGUGUUUUUUUUUCUUUUUCUUUUUUAAUUAAGUGGAAAGUAUCACAUGUGGUAUGGCUAGAGUGAUUCUGAAGCCACCCUAGAUUGUGAAAAUGUAUAAAAUAUAUAUAAUGUAUAUGUGCUGUAUGCAUGCAGUGUAAACUGUAUAUUAUAUAAUAAAAUCUUCCUUUCCUUUGACA